GGAUUGGAACCCUGGAUCUUGUGGUUCAGAGUCCAGAGACUAAUCCACUGAGCCAGAACAACACUUUCUUUCCUACUUUCAGUGAUAGUGGAUGAAUACCAGGAGCAGCCUCAUUUACUGGACCCGUACCUAGAGGAGAUGGUCCUGGACUUCCUCUCCAUUGGUAGAGAUAUGAAUGUCGACAGGAAGCUCUCUCAUCUUGCCUUCAAAUUCCUCUAUCUACUCACAAAGGCCCGUGGACCAAAGGUCAUCGUGAGGCUGUUACCCCAUGAGGUCGUGGAUCUGGAACCCACCCUAGCUCUUCUUAGUGCUCAAGAUCCUAAUGAUUAUGAGACCUGGGAGUCUCGUUACAUGCUGUUACUGUGGAUGUCUAUGAUAUGCAUGAUACCAUUUGAUAUGUCCAGACUGGACAGUGGUGUGGCCGGAGCAGGUGACCAACAGAUCAAGAAUCUACCUACUAUGGACAGGAUACUCAAUGUGGCAAAGGUAUAUCUUGGGAUGAGCGAUAAAUGUCGAGACGCUGCUGCUUUUUUGGUUUCAAGGUUUCUUACAAGGCAUGACGUCAAACAGAUGAGAUUACCUGAGUUCCUUGACUGGUGUCUGCAGACUCUCACAUCUGAAGGAAAAAAGGGAACCAUUCCAUCUAUCCUUAAAAUGGCCGGAGUGUUGUCUGUCUUGGCUCAAUUGUUCAAGCUGGGCAAGAGAAGUGAUAUUCUUCAGUAUGCUCCAGUUGUAUUGCGAGUGUCCGUGGAGUGCGAUCUAAGUAAUCAUAACAACACUCCGAUUAGGAAGCUGUCUAUGAAACUGGUGCAGAGACUAGGCCUUACUUUCCUUCCAUCCAGAGUCAUGAAAUGGAGAUACCAAAGGGGGAGUCGAUCACUGGCUGAUAACCUGCAGCCUGCCUCAGCUCCUGCUGGCAUAGCAUCAAAGACAACAAUAAGCAAUGAGGAUGAUUAUGAUGACGAGAACUAUGACAUUCCUGAAGAGAUUGAAGAUGUAAUAGAACAACUUUUAACUGGAUUGAAGGAUAAAGACACAAUAGUCAGGUGGUCUGCUGCUAAAGGGAUUGGUCGUCUUACAGGAAGGCUACCCCAGGAGCUAGCUGAUCAAGUAGUAGGAUCAGCAUUAGAACUAUUCAGUAUGAGGGAAACAGAUGGAGCAUGGCAUGGUAGCUGUUUAGCAUUGGCUGAACUCGGUAGGAGAGGGCUCCUUCUCCCGGCAAGGUUACCUGAAGUUAUUCCUGUUGUCAGGAAAGCACUUGCCUAUGAUGUCAAGAAAGGAACUUUUAGUGUAGGUGCCCAUGUAAGAGAUUCAGCCUGCUAUGUGUGUUGGUCCUUUGCCAGGGCAUAUGACCCUGAUGUCAUUACACCGUACGUCAAUGAGAUCGCUGCUGCUCUUCUCAUCACAACUGUGUUUGAUAGAGAAGUCAACUGUCGAAGAGCAGCCUCAGCUGCGUUUCAAGAGAAUGUUGGACGUCAAGGAACAUUCCCUCAUGGUAUUGACAUCGUCACAACAGCGGAUUACUUUGCAGUAGGAAACCGCACAAAUACAUACCUCAAUAUCAGUUCCUACCUAGCAGAUUUUGAAGAAUACACCUUGCCUCUCAUUGAUCACCUUUAUCAAGUCAAGGUUGGGCACUGGGAUGGUGCAAUACGUGAACUGACAUCACAUGCUUUACAUGUACUUACCAAGAAAGCUCCUGAAUACAUGGCAAAAACAGUAUUACCUGACCUGAUACCCAAGACUACUGGUAUUGAUCUCAAUACUAGACAUGGUUCGCUUCUAGCUGUAGCUGAAUUGACACACGCCCUCUAUGAAUACUCUGAAAGAGAAUCAAAAUCAUUAGUUGAUGUCAUAGGUUCUUCAAGUGUGGAAGGAUUAAAAGCCAUCACAAGAAAGAUGGAGGAAGGAAGGAUGUUCAGAGGGAUGACAGGUGAGAUCCUCCGUCCAGCUGUCUGUACCCUCAUCGGUAAACUCUCCCUCUCAAAGCUACCAUUCCAUGGAGAUGACAUCAUUGACCAGUGGCAGACAUUACUAGAUGAUAACAUCAUAAGGUUGCAGAGGACAGAGAGAGAUAUUCACAGUAAAUCAGUAGGAGCAGAAAGGAUGCUAUGUCAGGAGUUCUAUCAAGAUACCAAUGGCCAUGCCUUGCCUGGUAUACAAGAUAAAGUAAUAGACCUGUACAUCAAGGGAUUGGAGGAUCCCAAUGAGAUGGGUAGAAUGGGAGCUGCCUUGGUCCUUGGUGAACUCCCUAGAUUCAUGGUCAAAGGAAAGCUUCAUCAGAUCCUUGAAGGUCUCAUCAAAUCAAGUAUCUCAACCAAAGAUGAGGAUGCUAUCCAUGCUGAGUCUAGGAGAGAUGCUAUUCGUUCAAUCGCCAAAUUAUGUGCAACAGUCGAUAUAGAUCCAUCUGGAAACCCCCAUGAAGUAGUGUGUGAGUCCAACCUGUCAUCAGUAUAUAAUUGUUUACUGCGGUCUUUGAAGGACUAUACCACUGACAGCAGGGGUGAUGUGGGUGCAUGGGUUCGGGAGGCAGGGAUGAAAAGUCUUUAUGAUGUCACCAGCCUUCUGGCAAAGACUCAACCAUCCAUGCUCACUCCUGACAUAAUCUGUAAGAUAGUCCAGUGCCUGACCCAGCAAGCUUCAGAGAAGAUUGACAGGACCAGGCUCUGUGCAGGAGAAGCUUUCCUAGGUCUCCUUCAUCAAUCUGAUCCUAUCAUUCCACACAUACCAUAUAGAGAUGAACUCACCAAGAUUUUUCCAAAGGAAGACAUCAAAGAGUUGAACUGGGCAGCACCUUCAGACUGUUUUGCCAAGGUUACUCAGCUUCUCAAACUACCAACAUUCCAAUAUCAUGUUCUACUUGGUUUGACUGUUAGCGUAGGAGGCCUUACAGAAUCAUUGGUCAAGCACUCUGCCCAGUCUCUACUCUCUUUCAUCAAGACAUGCAACUCAGCCGAAGACCUGACAAGAUUCACUGACAACCUUUUAAAGAUCUUCACUGACUAUCAGAAAGUUGACAGAGUUUCUGUCCCAUUAAUGAAGAUGAUCAACCUGCUUCUAUCCAGUGGGUGCUUUGAAACCUUUGUAGAGGACACAGAUCAUCCAUUCCCACUGAACCUACUCCAAAUGGUUAAGAAGGAGGUAGCCAAGACAGGUGAUGCCCAAAAACUUCUCACAAGCAUUGAAGUAUUCUGUGGCAUGAUUCAGUUUGUUGGUGAGCCUCGAAAGAAGAGUCUAGUUCAACUCAUGGUUUUCCUCUGUCAUAAAUACCCAAAGAUAAGAGGAACGACUGCUAAUAGACUGUAUGAGACAUUGAUGGUAUAUGAUGACAUUGUGGAUGAAGAGAAACAAGAGGAGGUCAUGACAAUACUCAUGGAAACAAACUGGCAAGAAUCACAGGCCAAUUGUAGACCAAUCAGAAACCAUGUAUGUGACCUGCUGGGAGUACCACAGCCUGUUCUAAAGAACCCUGGAAAAGUUAAGAAGCAAGAGGAUGCUAAUGACCAAAUGGAAAGUUAUAAAGAUCUUGUGUCAAGAUUGGGCUACUGAGGAAUGAAUCUUAGUUAUUUAUUUCCAUGAAGUGCUGCUGCCUCAUACUUUAGUACCAUUUUUACCUGAAUAAGACAUGAAAGAAAUGUCAUUGCAUUAUAUAGAAUUAAAUUAUUACCAAUAAAGUGAUAUGAGCCAACAUUCCUUACAAGAGAGAAAAAAAAGGUUUUGCAAACAAUAAUUGUGAUGUAUAUAUAUUUUUUUGUUUUAUGAAGCUAUUUGUAAAGUUACUUAUUAAUUCGUCAAUGUCUGGAACUUGUCUUGGGGGUUAAAAGCCAUAUUUCCAAUUAAUUUGAUUCCCAUUUGUUGAAGUUGAAAUCUGAUCUUUGUUGGUAAAACAGGAUAUUGCAAACAAAUAACAAGCAGCUGAAUGCAGUGUUGAUAAUUUUUGAAAAUUUGACGACGGUCAUUUGAAAUUUAUUCCCACUUAGAUGAAACACCAUGAAAGGCCAAGAACAUGUCACUAGUGAUGUGUAAAGUGACAAACACAGCACACAGCUUUACGAUAAAACCCCCAGUAUUUCUAUUGCCAGAAUAUUUGAUAGAACAUACGAAUAAUGUCUAGCAUUUCAUUUAAGAUUUCUUGUUUGAAACCAAUUAAAACCCCAAUUGUUUUGAAACAUCUUGAGAGUUGAUUUAAUGUACAGCUUGGGAAAUCAUUUUAGACCAUGUCCUAUGGGAACUUACUUGGAAAUUGGUCUGAUAUUAUUUCCCAAACUGUGUCGUGGACCCAAAUUAUCAUCUAUUUAUUGAAGAUUCAAUUUUACAAUAUUAUUAUACUAUCUUCAUAUCAAGCAGCCCUAUUGUCAUAAGGAGAAGAAGCGAUCACUUCAUCACAGGUGAAUGCCUUUAAGUCUUGUUGAAAUGUUCCCAUGAGUGCUUCUGCAAUUUCACCUGUGCAUUUUUGAGGAAUUCUCUGUGGAUCAUAUACAGAAAAUAACAUUAAGAAAAGAAAUCCUACAUUAAACCUACCUAUGCAGAUUUAUAUUCAGACAUUUAAAUGCACACAUAGUGUUGGAAGUGUUGUUAAACCUCAAUCAAUCUAUAAAUCUGUUGAGAUUAGAUUACACUUGAAUAGAAUAUUAGAGAGUGAUUACAUUGCAGGCAACGUAAUUCUUCUGUAUUUAUUUUUAAUUGGGGGGGGGGUGAGGCGACCAGAUUGAAAACAAGUGUUUCCGAAAAUUGCCUGUAUUAAGUUUGAAAAAUGUGCAUUGAAUUUGCCUUUAUCUUUUCUUAUGUUAUCUAUUUGUAAUACUUCAGAUAAUCAUUAUUGUGCUGUGUGUGAUGUACAGAUAUAAUUUUCUUAAGACUAAAGUUGUCUAAAAAUAAAUAUGCUUUUGAUGUGUAUUCUUUUCCAAGGCAGUCCUCCUCAUGUACAUAUCUUUUUAAAUGAUCAAAGUUGUAUUUAAUUGAUGUGUAGAGUUUCUAUCAUGUUAAGUGUACAUUAUAUUAGUGUGAUAUUCCAUGUAUUAUUAUUAUGUUGUAGAUUGUAUUCUGUAACUUGUCUGGUCAAAGACAUAGAUAGUCAGAAUCUAUUUCUUUGUUUGUUUGAAGGAAUAAUAAGAUGAUUGCGAAUGUUAUUAUUGAAUAUUGGAAAAGUUGGCUUCGGCCAAGUUUGAUACAAGCCCAGCUUGCUGCCUUACAUAAUUUGUUUUAUAUUUCAGGCAAUAAAAUAUAUAUUCAAAAUAUGAACUUAAAGAUGUUCUUCAUGUAUCUCAAAGGAUAGAUUCAAACUCAUCUAAACAAAGUAGUAACUUUUCAGUAAACUAAUGCUCAAAUUCACUGUAAACAUUGAUGUCACUGGUCUUUAACUUUCUUGUGUUGGUUGAAAUUUCCUAUCUCUGAUCUCAUUGAGUAGACACUGCCCUCUCCAUUUAUUUAAUCUCUUGCAUUUGAUUUGAUUUUAAUUUCAAUUUUUCAUCUAAUUUAAUUCAUUUUUAUCCAUAUGUCACUCUUUUGACAAAUUAGAUCUUGGCUCCAAAAAUAUACAGAAAAAUGCUCUGUCCCUGAAAAAGAGAAUUUUUAUAAAUCAUAUUUUGUUACAUGCACUUAUGGAAUAUUGAUAAUAAAAAGUGCCAUGGUUGCUCUCAAAAUUAAGGCUUAGACUUAUUUUCAUAGACUGAAAUUUAGUCAAUAACUCAGUUUUCGAUAGAAAGCGAUGUAAUACCUUAUGGAACCAAGCUCUUCAACUAAAGUUUAACCCUUUCCACGCGUACUUCGCACCAAUGCACACUCGGUGCCGUGCGAACUUCGCAUUUCACACUCAACAAACAAUGCAUCGUUUCCCUCCCUGAAAAUAAUUCAGUACAGAUGGGUUCAUGGUCCAGUGCACAAAGAGUUAAUCAAUCAAGCAUCAUCAAAUAAAUGAACCUAAAAUAAAGAGAUUUACAUAUACAUUAUGUGGUGUAUAGCAUCAUUGAUUUAUCAUUAUUAAUGAGCACAAUUUAAUGACUCUGUAUGCUUAGUAUUGGGUCUUGUGACAGUGAAUAAUCUGAAUUGGACAAAUAUGCAUUGCAUUGGAGCAGGACUAGUACGCCUACUCUAUAGAUGAAAUGUCGUGCAGAAUGUACUAAAUCAUCCAGAUUAAAUGGGGUUACCAGGAGAGUUUUUCAGGAAGUGAUCUAUCAGUGAUUUUUCACUGAAGAUUGUUAUAAACUACUGAAAUACUUACUCCUGAUUGGCUGAUAGCAAGUUUAAUGGUGGUUGAUAUUACUGCAAAGCUGUAUCAUGAAAAUCUCCCCAGUAUAUCAUUGUAUGUUUGUGAAUAUACAUGUAAAAUUAAUGCAAUUAAUAUCAGCUGUGUGAUAUUGAAAUGAGGAACUGACUCUGUUUUAUGAAAGAUGAUUAUGUAUGUAUUCCUGCCAAUGAAUGAGAUUACAAGUCA